AUGUCUGCUUAUUGGGUUAUCUUUGGAAAGGCAUGUCACUUACUAGUGGAGAUUGAGCAUCAGGCAUAUUGGGCUGUGAAGUCUUGCAACUUCUCCAUGGUUCAAGCUGGAGAGGAAAGAAAGUUGGAAUUGAAUGAGCUUGAUGAGAUCCGAUUGGAGGCCUAUGAGAACUCAAAGUUCUACAAGGAAAGGACAAAGAAGUUCCAUGAUAGUUCAAUUGUUAGGAAAGACUUUGAGGUUGGCCAGCAGGUUUUAUUGUAUAACUCUAGGCUCGGACUCAUGGUGGGUAAGUUAAGAUCAAAAUGGAUUGGACCUUUUGUUGUGACUAACGUUUAUCCUUAUGGUGCAGUUGAGAUCCAAAGUCCAUCCACAGCUAAAAGCUUCAAGGUUAAUGGGCACAGAUUGAAGCCUUUCCUCAACAAUCCUUCUUUGUUGGAUAUAGUGGUGGAGGAAACGUCUUUGGUCGAUCCCACCUCUCUUUUCCCCUGA